AUGUCGGCGCCCGUUCCCGGCGCUGCCCCGCCGCCGCUGCGGCUCACGGCCUCGACACGCCGGGCCUCAUCGCCGUCGUCUCCCCGCCUCGCCCCCGACACCCGCGGCGCCCCGAGGCCGACGUCGCCGCGCGGAGCCCCCCCCUCCCCCGUCGCUGGAUUGCCUCCCCGCCGUCCUCUACGUCGUCGCCUCCUCCCCUGCGCCGGUCGUCCCCGUCCUCCUCCACAACUGCUCCCUCGAGCCUCGCCGCCACCCCUCCUCUUCAACGCUGGUGAGGGCCUUGCCCUCCCCCUUCCCUUCCUCUGCUCCGUGCCGGCCGCGCCGCUCGCUCCCUGCGCCGGCAUUGCACGUCUCCGCCCGCGCCCGCGAGUUCGCUUGCGCUCGUUGCGCUCGCCGUGGCCCUGCACCGUGGACGCCGUGCCCGACUACGCCCUCCGCGCGCCCCUCGCGCGUCUGGGCCGGGCCCGGCCACCGCGCGCAUGCGCACGCGCACCAACCCCCCGUCGCCCCAUAGCUCCCGCACGCACCCCGUCCGGCCGGUCCGUCGCCGCACCAGCGCGGGCGACCGCACCUGCCCGCACCCUCCGUCGCCUCCGUGCGGGUGCGCGGCGCCCGCACCCGAUAACGCCCGUCGCCCGAACCCACUAUGGCCCUGAGGGCCUAUGA